AUGGGCAGGGAUGCUUCAUUUGGGAAUUGCACAUACAACCUGACAGUUCUCGACUGCUUGCAAGGCGUUAGAAAGGCCCUUCAGCACGGAUUCUUGAACUUUGAGACGUUCAACGUAAACGAGUAUGAACAUUACGAGCGGGUUGAGAACGGAGAUCUGAACUGGAUCAUCCCAGGCAAACUUCUCGCUUUCAGUGGGCCACAUCCGAAAAGUCAAAUUGAGGACGGUUACCCUCUACAUGCCCCCGAGGCUUAUUUCCCAUAUUUCCGGAAGCACAAUGUCACUACCAUAGUACGCCUCAACAAGAAGAUCUACGAAGCCAAGCGCUUCACAGACGCCGGGUUCGACCAUUACGACCUGUUCUUCGUGGACGGCAGCACGCCCAGCGACGUCAUCGCCAGCCGCUUCCUGCACAUCUGCGAGAGCACGGACGGAGCGGUGGCCGUGCACUGCAAGGCUGGUUUGGGCCGGACGGGGACUUUGAUUGGCUGCUACCUGAUGAAGCACUACCGCUUCACGGCUGCUGACGCUAUCGCAUGGAUCCGCAUCUGCAGACCCGGCUCUGUUAUUGGACCCCAGCAGCAUUACCUAGAAGAGAAGCAGGCGAGUCUCUGGGCGCAUGGAGAUAUUCUCCGCUCCAAGCAGCAGCAGUAUGAGGACAGAUCCGUUCCUCACCUCAUCUCGAGUAUGGACGACCUCUCCAUCAACACCUCCAUCUUUAAAUCACACAGCUUGGACCGUAUGGAGGAGAACGAUUAUGUGGAGAACGAUCUCGGUAUGACGCAAGGAGACAAAUUGCGUGCCUUAAAGGGUCGACGGCAACCGAAGUCUGCGACCACUGGAGCCAUAAGCAGAGUGAAACCAGAAGCCACUGGCCAGGGCUCCAUCUCCCCCCUCAAAUCCUCUAAAGUCCCACCAUCCUCCUCCAUCUCUGCCUCUGCCAAACGAAUUGGCCGCUCUUCAUCGUCAUCAACCAACCUCAAGAGCACCAGGUUAGCCAGCUCUUUGGGUAACCUGUAUGAACCAAAUGGUGAAGCCAACAGCUCUGGGAAACCGCCUUCCCCUUCUUCAUUCACUUCCCACCCCGUCCGCAUGGGUUACAGCAGCCCGAUCACCACCCACAGUUACCACUAUGAGGUCAACAACAAUCAGCAUAACAGCACCAGCACGCCGAACAGCAACGGGGUAAGCCCAAGCAGCGGGGUAAAAACCCUGACCUACAACCUCAACAACACCAGCCCAAGUGGACCUUCCACCAAUGGAAGGCUAGGGGCCAGUGAACAGGGGCACCACAGAAGCCCCCCGACGGGGCUGAGCGGGCUCUCGGCACGAUACUUCAGUCGGUCCAUUCCUUCCCUUCAGUCUGAGUAUGUUCAGUACUAAAGCUGCCACCUUCUGCUAACCCCCGUCCCGUGCUGCUGGCCUGGUCCUGACCCGUGACACCUUCACUGUGACCACUGAUUUGCUGACUACUUGUUGUAAAAGGGGAACGAAGCCAAAAGGAAAUGUUUAGAGACGUUCUGAACUGUCAGCCUCAUGGUCUGAUACCUCUUGCUAUGACAGGGCUGAUCUGGAAUCUGCUGCAUGCUUUUAAAACGACACAAACUUGGCUUGCUCGUCCUUUCAAAACUUAUUUUCUUUUAUUUUUUUAAGAGAUACUCUCCAUAGUUAAAUAUUUUUAGAUGAUGAAUUUUUUUACUAUUUUUGUCCUAUUUUAUCUACAGUUCUUGUACUCGACGACAAGGUUUGUUAAUAUUUGUGCAUCUUUGGAUUAGGAAAUUUGUUCUGAUAUAAAUAUCUGACGUUUUUGUCUCCUGAGUGUAUUAACUAAGUAACAUAUCAAGUACGAGGGCUAUAUUUGAAAGGUGCAAAAUGGUUCGAUAGCUACAUAUCAUCUUAAAAGGGAUUUUUUUUUGUCCACGAAAGCCAUAAAGAGUACAUGUUUUCUUCAUUUGGGGAUCUAAGGGGGGUUUGUCUCCAUGCAACGGAUGAUGGCUAAUGAGACCACAAACAAUUUGUAAGCAAGCUUAUUUUUCUCUGGAAAAUUAAGGGCUUUGUUUGUUCAGUAUGAACGGUUGUAACAGGAUGGACUUUUUUCCCAUCGUUGUGAUAUAAUGUGCGUUAUUAUUAAACUAAUACAGAUAUAAGGUUGUACGUGUUUCAAGAGCAUCAAGGGCUGUUGAAAACACAACCAUCAACACUUCACUUUUAAGGAGUGUCCAUUUCACCAGCGCAUCUGAAAUAUAACAACUCAGAAUGUACGAGUGGGUUACAAGCGUUUGGCUAUUGGUUUUAAAAUGCAUGGUUUUUGCAUAAAACAGCUCAAACUGCUUAAAAUAUACAUUAACUGUAAUUAAUCGCAAACUUUAGUAAAAUAGAUGAGCUUAAGUGUAGAAGGUGAUAUGCAUAACAAAACCUUUUAUGUUAGUGCACAUAAUGAAUGUACAAACUGAUCUGAUUGCGUUUUUCCAGCGCUUGUGUCUCAAAUUCAAUUAUUUUAGGAUGUUUACAAUCAAGUGCAAAUUAUUCUUUAGUUCUUAAAGGUGACCGGCAGGGUUUAAACUAAAACCUUCAGAUUUACUUCAUGCAAAAAUGACAAUAAAUUCAGCCUCAAGUCAUUCCUUACUUGACCUAAUUUUUUCUCUGAAUUAUAAAAUAAGAUUUUGCGCAAUUACCGUAUUUUUCGGACUAUAAGUCGCACCUGAGUAGAAGUCGCAUCAGUCCAAAAAUACGUCAUGAUGAGGAAAAAAACAUAUAUAAGUCGUACUGGACUGGAUGUCAAAUCUGGUGCAAAAUGUCAUAAAAACAAUUGGAUGUAUUUAAAUGAAAUCGUGGUGUUACAGUAGAGAGGAAGCAUUCUGCAAAUUGCAAAGUACAUUGCAUUUAGUUUAUCACACAAGCUGUUGUACAGAUUUGGUAAACUCCGGUAUCAUAUUUCUUCUGAAAAUACCAGCAUGUUACUUAUAUGGUGCACAUUUGGACCUCAGCAGCCUUAUUUUUAUUAAAUGGAAAAGAGCAGCGUGAACAUUCCUCCAAAUAUCAUCUUUUGUGUUCCACAGAGAAAAGUCAGUCAUACAGGUUGAUAUCAGUUGAGUAAAUUAUGACAAUUUUCAUUUUGGGGUUAAACUAAUCUAUGUGUUUCUCUUUGAACAAUUACCCCAGUGCAAGUUUAUGCAAUUAUAUCUCAAUGAUUGAUUUUUCUGCAUCUAUUAGUCCUGUAGCACUCUGUACAUUCCAGAUGGUUUUAUGAAUUAUGUGUGUAUAUAUAUAUGUUUUGGGAGAAUCGUAUUUGAAAUAUUCUACUUCUUCGACAUAUACAUGAUGUAAACUAAUCUAUUGCUUAAAAAUAUAAAUAUCUAUUUUUGGAGCAGUGUGCAAAGACAGUCUAACAAUGUUAGAAUGGUGUUUGCUUUUCAAAGACAUGCAGACGUUAAAUUUCAAAGUAGUGGGUUUUACAUUAUUCUGUUAAAAUGUAAACACGAUUUGAAAGACCAGAAUAAAUAAAAGACAAAUUUUGCUUUA